GCGUGACCGACAGCCAGAAGAGGAGUUUAAUUCUGGUCCAUAACAGCAUGGAGCUCCAUGCAGUGAUGCUGCAGGGAGGCAGCGACAACCGUAAAAUUCAGCUGAAUAUGUCAACCUAUGUGCACCCUUCACCAAGCACUGAAGCCAGACCAGUGGCUCUGGGUAUCAAAGACACAAACCUCUACCUGUCGUGCCAUAAGGAAGAGGACAAACCAACACUGCAUCUUGAGACAGUGGAGGACAAAGACAGUCUAUCGAGGAUCAACUCAGAAACUGAUAUGGUGCGAUUUCUGUUCUACCAACGGGACACUGGUGUGAACAUCAGCACCCUCAUGUCUGCCCGCUUCCCAGACUGGUACAUCAGCACUGCAGAACAGGACAACAUGCCGGUAGAAAUCUGCCAGGGGACUGCCCAACGCUACCAAAGCUUCAACAUCCAGCGUCAGAAUUAAAACCUGCUGAAAAUCCAAAGCGGAAUGUUGAUUCGUAUCCUGGAGUAUGCAAGAACAUUUAGGCAUUCAACAAAUGUAAGAGGCAAAUGUUGAUUCAAACAAUCAAUUAACCAACCAACUGAGCCACAGCGCCCUACAAUCAAUUAGAAAUAUGUAAUUUAACUAUAUAAAUAUAAUCAUAAAUAUACAUAUAAUAAUGUGUAAUUUAAAAAAAAACAACACUACCGCUGUCUGCUGGAAAGACUUAUAUUACAGUGUCUAAUUACUGUAUGUACCAAGUACAGAAAGUGAUAGGCACAGAGUGUAUUGACAUAGUCAAGUUUCACCACAAGGUGGCAUCAUUGUGCUGUCUGUGUAUUUACAUGACACAGUUAAUGCUUUUAUAUAUUGUAUUUAUUUAUUUAUGCAGUAUUUUAAGGUGGAUAUAUAUUUGAAAUCUGCUUACUAACUUUAUGUACAUGUUG